GAGAGAGAGAGAGAGAGAGAGAGAGGGAAGACGAUGGAGGGCUCGACGGCGGUGGCCAGAGAGCCAGUGGAGCCGCAAUCGCUGAAGAAGCUGAGCUUCAAGUCUCUCAAGCGCUCUCUCGACCUCUUCUCCCCAUCCCGUGGUCAUCACCCGCCCCCCGACGCCCAGAGCAAGCAUAUUCGGAUUAGCUUCAAGAUCAAUGCUGAGUAUGGGUUGGUAAAGGAUUUAGUGGGUGAUGAAGCUCGUGCUAAUGGUGGUGGAGCAGCUCAGAACCAAGGGGAUCAACCCUCAAACUCCUUGGAAUUGGCUCUUACAGGUGAUCAGACUUCUAGAGAUACUCAGAAAGAUAGGAAUGAAAGUGCUAUCAUUGCUGGUCCAACUUUGCCACCAAAAGGAUAUGAUGCUGGUGUUCCAAGCAGGAACGUGCCAGGAGCAAUUGUGUCAAUCCCUGGCUCCUCUGAAAGGCCAUACUCAACAUCAGCUUUGAUGGAAAGGAUUCCAAGUAGAUGGCCACGUCCUGCAUGGCACCCUCCAUGGAAGAACUACCGGGUCAUAAGUGGGCACUUGGGAUGGGUGAGGUCCAUUGCAUUUGAUCCUAGUAAUGAAUGGUUUUGUACUGGGUCUGCAGAUCGAACAAUAAAGAUAUGGGAUGUUGCAUCUGGGAAAUUAAAGCUCACAUUGACUGGGCAUAUAGAACAAAUUCGCGGUCUUGCCGUGAGUGAACGACACACGUAUCUAUUUUCUGCUGGUGAUGACAAACAAGUAAAAUGUUGGGAUCUUGAACAGAAUAAGGUGGUUAGAUCUUAUCAUGGGCAUCUUAGUGGUGUGUAUUGUUUAGCUCUUCAUCCAACUAUUGAUGUUUUAUUGACUGGAGGUCGGGAUUCUGUAUGCCGGGUAUGGGAUAUUCGUACUAAGGCAAUGGUUUGUGCUUUAUCUGGGCAUGAUAACACUGUUUGUUCAGUUUUUGCACGACCUACGGAUCCACAGGUUGUAACUGGCUCUCAUGACACAACAAUUAAAUUUUGGGAUCUUGUGGCUGGAAAGACCAUGGCAACUCUCACCCAUCACAAGAAAUCUGUCCGUGCUAUGGCAUUGCAUCCCAAAGAGCAAACUUUUGCAUCAGCAUCGGCAGACAACAUAAAGAAAUUCAACCUUCCAAAAGGGGAAUUUUUGCACAAUAUGCUGUCCCAGCAGAAAACAAUAAUAAACUCAAUGGCAGUAAAUGAGGAUGGUGUCCUGGCCACUGGAGGUGACAAUGGGAGCUUGUGGUUCUGGGAUUGGAAGAGUGGCCAUAAUUUCCAGCAAGGCCAGACCAUUGUCCAGCCUGGGUCACUGGACAGUGAAGCAUGCAUUUAUGCCCUUUCAUAUGAUAGAAGUGGCUCUAGGCUUGUGACAUGUGAAGCUGACAAAACUAUUAAGAUGUGGAAAGAAGAUCCAACAGCUACCCCAGAAACUCAUCCAAUCAACUUCAAGCCUCCAAAAGAUUUCCGAAGAUACUGACAGAUAAAAGUAUUAUUCCUCCUUUUCUCAAAAGAGGUCUACCCUUUUAUCCAAGGUAACUUCUGUGAAGCAAGUGGCUAAAUGACUUGCUUACUUUUGAAGGGCUCUUGUAACAUAAAAUAUAUAGUGAGAUUAUCAGCAGACAUGCUACAAGAUCUACUGAAGCAAAGGCUAGUCUGGUGGUGAGUGCAUUUGACAAGCCUUAUUUCUGAAGAUUAAACAAUGAAAGCUGUUUCAUUUUGGCAUUAAAUCUCUGUAUCUCUUAUUUAACUAAUUUUCCUUGAAAUAGCUUUGUUCUGUUUGAAAUGGUUUACCGCAUUGAAAGCAUGCAGUUAACUGUUUAAUAUUCUUA